AUGAAUUCCCUCUUUACGCUUCUCCCUCGAAACCAGAUCGAUAAUUAUGCGGACUGCACAGUCGAUCUCUGUCCCAUAUCUACAUCCUAUUACUUUUACCGUGUAUCAAUCGGUGCAAAUGCGACCUUUCUCGCCCUUUUUAGCAUCUCAUUGCUCGGAUUCAUCUUGACAUAUGCAUUCACUCGUCGCGCAACGGCGUUCACAUUCGCCAUGUGCGCCGGCGUUAUACUUGAAGUUAUCGGGUAUAUAGGUCGCAUCAUGAGUUGGCAGAAUCAAUGGAAACAGAAUGGAUUUCUCAUGCAGAUUGUCUGCUUGACCAUUGCACCGGCGUUUAUGGCGGGAGGAAUUUAUUUGUGCCUGAGGAGAAUCGUGUAUGCGUUUGGACCGGAAAAUUCAAGGAUUAGUCCUGAAGCUUAUACCAGAAUUUUCAUCCCUUGUGAUCUCAUAUCUCUUCUCCUACAAGCCGCAGGUGGUGGUUUAGCAUCCGCAGCCUCCCACUCGAAUGAAUCUCCCGACAUUGGCGAUAACAUCAUGGUAGCCGGUCUCGCAUUCCAAGUCUUAACCUUGUUCAUCUUCAUGGUCCUCUGUGUCGAUUUCGCCCUUCGCACACGCUCCCGAUAUAGAUCCCUCGGUUCCGCAGCAUUCGACCAAAAUCCCGCUUUUAUCACUCUUCGAUCUUCCAGAGCCUUCAAGGGAUUUAUAGCCGCUCUUGCUCUUGCUACUAUCUGUAUCUUCUGGCGAUCUGUAUACAGAGUCGCAGAAUUGGCAGAAGGAUGGACGGGACAUCUUAUUAGGCAGCAAAAUCUAUUUAUUGGGUUUGAAGGGGUGAUGGUCAUCGUUGCUUGUUUUGCGUUAAACUUGUUUAAUCCUGCGAUUACUUUCAAGGAGGCGAUGACUGGAUUGGGUGGUCUAGGUACGAAGAAGAAGAUGAAGAAACAGGAGGAGUCGAGGGAAAAGGCUAGUGAAGGCAUUAGUGUGAGUAACAGUGAUAUCGAGGCUGGCAAAGUAGCUUCUUCUGUUUAG